AUGAUGAUGAAGUUGAAGACCAAACUGUUGAGAAGAGAACUUGGUGCAUUAUUGAGAAAGAAGGUAAGUAUUGGUAGAGUUGUGAAAUGGGUUAGGUUUUGCUGUUGCUUUGAUGAAGAGGGAAACAUACCAAAAGAUGUUCCAAGAGGUCACGUAGCUGUGUAUGUGGGAGAAGAUUGCAAGAGAUAUGUGAUUAGGGUUUCUGUGGUGAACCAUCCACUGUUCAAGACAUUGCUUGAUCAUGCCGAGGAUGUUUUUGGAUUCAGCAAUGCCUCUAAACUCCAUAUUCCUUGCAGUGAGAGGAUUUUUCUAAACAUCCUUCAUAAUGCUGCUCUUCUUCAACCUUAA